AGCCGGUCACAGACCCAACAGCGAGCGACUUGCACCGAACAGCGGCGGUCUCAGAAGCGUAACGCAUGUCAGGCUGUGUGCAGAGGCAAGGGUCAGUGCGCUGAGCUGACCUGACGAAAAGGUUCCUGGGAGAAGGCUGUGAGGUAAUCAACUUUCGCCCUGUGAGGGCGAUCAACUUUCAUGAGUUACAACUGUAGAACAGCAAUCGCACAGACGGUGCCAACAAGCUUGAGCCGUAUAUGGAAAACAUGUUCCCCAUAACUGAUGACGUGGUGCACAGCAUCCGACUAGUGAACUGCGGAGGUAAGGGAACGAAGAAAUAGAAGAUAUUCUCACCGCCAUCUUAGAAUAUUUUAAACCUGACUGUUGUAGUUUGGGAUACGUAUUUUUCGAUUCUGACUGCUUCGUUCCCCUGCAAUGGAAGAGGUGGUGUGCGCAGUUUGUGUACAGUUUGAACCCCAGACAUGGCGCAAGUCCCUAUGUAAGAACUGUUUUCAUGGCCUCGAGGAACAUACGGAAGAAGUUGAUGGAACACCGGCGGUGACUCAGAAAGAUGAGCCGGAUAAAAAAGAGAAAAAAAACACAGGUGCCAAGACACUAGAAACGGGUAAAGAAAAACAAGCCACGCUGAAAACAGGUAAAGAUAGUAAACUUGCCUCCGCUUCCAUUUCUAAAACUAGCCCAAAGUCAUCAACCAAAACUACAACGGUUACACUAUCGUCUAAAUUUGGAUCUGCUUUGAGUAAAAGUACAGAUAAUGGUAAAACUGAUACCGGAAAAGCAGCAGGGAAGUUAACGAGUGUAUCAUCUAAAUCCACCAGUGAGGCAACGAAACGUGUACUUGGUUCGGUGGGCAAGCAGACGACAGAUGUGAAAAUAGCAGGAAAAGUUACAGGAACUGACAAAAAGCAAAAUGGCACGGAUAUUAAAUUGAAGACAUUUGGUUCGAAAGAAAGUAAUUCCUCAGUGAAGGAUUCGCCAGUGCCAAAACUUGGGAAUAAAUCUGGAGAAACGAAAACUGGUGUCGCGAAAGCGCCACAGCCUAGUGAACCGGCUCAGGUUUCCAAGUCGGACAACAAUAAGUCUGCAGGCAGCAGUAGUCGGUUUGCCAAUGCGGGAGGGGUGAACAAGGUGAAACAUCUACUUCGAUCAUUCGGCUCUGGAGAUGAGCCGGCUGACGCACAUGAAGAGAAGAAAGAGCUUUCCGACCUCGACAAACAUGCAACCCGGACUGAGUCUGACGUCACAGCCAAAUGUCAAGCUAGUGAAGGGAGUCAUGUUACUGCUAAGACACUCGUGAUUGGCAAGGAGAAGGAAUCAGUCUCUACCAGUACGUCGAAAACAGUGCACGCGUCUGCAAGUAGCAGUAAAACAGUCAAAGUCGUCGCAACUGGCAGAUCGGAUGAUGGCAGUUCGGGCUCCGGUAGAAAGUCACCUUCGAUUACGAUCAGUCUCCGAGGAGGUGUGGCGGAUAUCAAGGUAGGAAAAUCCGAAUCAAGAGCCAAAGUAGCAGGAAAACUUGAUGAGGGGCACGGCGAGAGAGACAAGGGAGUGGAACGGGAGUUGCAGCAACUAAAGGCAAAAGAACAAGAAUUUCUUGAGUUAAAGGCAAAAGAAAAAGAACUUGUAGCCAAAGAGAAAGAAUUCAAGGAACUGAAAGCACGCGAGCAUGAACUUAAGGAAGUGAGGGCAAAAGAACGUGAGCUAAAAGCAAAAGAAAAAGAGUUUAAGGAUCUUUUGGCAAAAGAGAAAGGACAAGAUAAGGUAAAAUGUAAAGAACAAGAAAUAAGAGACAAGGAACAUGAAAUUCAGAAUCUUAAAAUCAAGGAAAAAGAGCUAAACGAGUUGAAAGCUAAAGAAAAUGAUAUAAAGGUUAAAGAGAAUGAAAUCCGUAAGCAGGAAGAGAACUUAGCAGGAUUAAAGGCUAAAUUAGCUAAGAUGGAGGAGAAGUGCAAAAAGUUAGAAGAGGAAAAUAGAUCUCUUAAGCAGGUUUCUGUUCAUGACAAGAAGGAGGACAUGGAAAAGCUGCUAGGAGACUUGAGGCGACAGCUGUCGUCCAUGGAAGAUCGGUGUGUUAAGUUGGAGGGCGAUAAUAUCGGCCUCAUGGCCGGACUUAAAGAGAAAGAAGAAGGACUAAAAAAAGCCUGUCAUGGUAGUUCCAUGGAAUUAGUUGCUCUCAGCCAGAAGUUUCGUGACUCUGAGAAAGAUGUAGGCGAGGUCGAGGAGGAGAAUGCUAAACUGAAAUGUGAGAUCAGGGAGAUACGCGACGAGAUGGAGGAAAUGUAUGAUACUUUCAGGGAGAAUGAAGUGGAUGAAUUCAGGGACAUGCAAAAAGAGCUAGAAAUCACAGCAAAAAACUGUCGCAUUUUGCAGUUCAAACUCCGAAAGUCAGAACGCCGUAUUGAGCAGGUAGAGGCCGAUAAAACUCUCUAUGAGGAAAGGAUGAGACUACUACAAAACCAAUGCGAGUCUGAGGACACACGGGCACAUGUGCGGAAGGUGGAAGACGAGCUGCAGAUGGCAAAGGAAGUGUCGGUAAGGCUGCACGACGAACUGGACAUGCUCGAUGACAAGAGGAGCAAGGCAGAGGAAGAUAACAGACAUCUCACUGAACUUCUGGAACAAGCGGACAAGAAACAGUUUCGUAUGGAGAUGGAGAUUGAUAAAUUACGUGACCAGAUAAUGGAUUUGAAACAAGAGCUUAAAUAUGCAGGCAAUAGACAGGAAUCAUCUGAUCGAAAGACGAUGCUGGGCUCAGUGGGCAAGCAGAGCAGUAGCGAGUACGACGUGUCGCAAGUAAUGCGGGAUCUGUAUGACAGCAUCGAACGAGAGAAUGACUUAAAAGAGCAGCUUAGAUUCACAGAAGAAGAGACAAAAAUGAUGAGGAAGAAACUAGCGGAGAUGGAAGAAGAGAAUGAGGGGCUGAACAUGCAGAUCAGGAAGAUGUCCCGCAGCAACAAGAGACGCGAGCUAAAAGAGAAGGAGAGGUUUAUUAAGGAGAGUGAGGACAAUGACUCAGACACUGACAGCAGCGGCGACAUUGACCUCAAAAUACAAUGUGAACUAUUGGAACAGGAGAUUUCUGUUUCCAGGAAAAAGAUUUCCGAUGUGGAACAGGACAACGAGAAUAUCCGUGAGGAGGUGAAGUUCUUGCAAGAAAGACUUGAGGAAAAGACUCAGUUACUUAAUAUCAAACCAGAACCCUCCUCCCCAAACGCAUAUUAUGAAGAUAAGAUAAAACAAAUGACCAUAGAAACCGAUGAUCUCAAAUGGAAGAUUAUCGAAAAGGAACGUGAAAUUGAGCGCCUGUGUGCCCAAAUGAACUUUAUUCAACAUUCACAUCGCCAGCAGCAGGGCAAACUAAAGAAGAGUAAAAGCCUUGAUAGUGACUACCAGGAAGUUGUCGAUCUCAGGAGACAGCUUGAACACUUGGCCCAAGAGGCCGGGGCCACUGAAGAACGAUUAGUUCAAGUAGUGAUACAAAACGAAAGGGUUUCUUCCGAAAACGAACGUUUGAAAUUGCAACUUAGCAGACAGAUUCCGUCUAUCCAAGCAGAUGAUGCUGCAGUUGAAAAUAUUGAACUCAAAGACAAAGUUAAAAAGCUAGAAGACGACAAUCAUUCUUUUCAAGAUAGAAUCAAAACCUUGACCGAGAGUUUACAAACACUCACCAAAGAGCCUCGCUCGCUCUCGGCAGAACUGCCACACAUUCCUCAAAGCGGGACCUCCCCGUUGCCACGUGACCCGACGAAGCAUUUGGAGAGCAUACAAGAAGAAAACAGCGAGCUCCGGCGGAAAAUGGCGGAACUUGAGUCGACCAGUUCGCGGCGGAUUUCGGAAGAAACCAUUCAGAAAACAGACGAUCAGAAGGCGGUAGCAGACGACAACAGCACAGCUAUGGACAAAGACCCAGAGGAUAUGUCACGGCUUCAGCUCGUAGAAAAGGUCCUAGAUCUCGAGGAUGAAAUAUUGGACCUGAAAUCAGUAAUAAAGCACAAAGAGUUGGAGCGUGAGGAUGUAGAGCGAGAGGUGACGUCACUUAAAGACCACAUUGAUGAGACUAGCGACAUUUGGAGGAAAAAGGAGGUGGAGCUUGAACAAGACCUGGCGAUGUUGCACGACAAAAAUAGCGUGUUAAGCAAUCUGCUUGAGAUCGUCACUGAGCGGGCCGAUAAGGCGGAGCAGGAAUUAGAAGCUAUAAUCAAGGAGGCAUCUGCCCAGUCUGAACGAAGUGCCAGCCAGGUUAGCGCCCUCAGUAACGCCAGUGUCGGCAGUGACGACGUCUUCCUGUCUCCCCCGCCUCACUCAGACAAAGGCACCGUGAUACACAGAGACUGGGAUAGACAGAUGAAAAAGAGGGUCGAGUCCUUGGAGCGACUGCUGGCUGAAGAGCGUCUGAAGGUGAUGACAGCGGAGAAGAAGCUGUUGCUUGUCACACAGGAAACAGUAUCAACCGCCAUGUCCGACGACUCGAAACUGCAUCUGAGAGAAAAGGAGCUACUACAACAAGAGUUAAUUGAGAGCCAGAAACACUUGAAGAUUGCUACAGAUCAGAUCAAAGGAUUGAAAGAAAGACUUCACAUAAUGGAGGAGGAACACAUCAGAUUGAAGAUAGACUACAGCAGCAUCUGUGAACAGCUGGACUUGUUAGAACACAGUUUCUAUGACUCCGACAAAACUCCAGAAGGCAACAUCGAACCCGACAGCUCAACACCAAACGUGACGAAACGUCUUUCCCCAUUAAAGAUUCCACAUCGCCAGAGCAGCAUAGAAGCCAUGUCUCUGGAUCAGAAGUGUGCCAUGUACAAACUUAAAGCAGAGGAGCUGCAGUACAAGGUGGAAGAGAUGAACGAUAUCUGGCGGUCGAAGAAUGCUGCGUCAGAGGAAGAGAAGCUGGAACUUGAAGCUGAACUUAGACAAACGAAGGAGGACGUUAGGGUUAUGAGUAUCAUGCUAGAGAAGGUUAAGGACGAACUGUGUGAGAAGGAGAAGGUCAUCGCCAUAUCAGAGACAAAUAUCAACGAAAACCUACGUGCUAUCACAAGGCGUGACGAAAUCGUUCAGGAGCAGGACAUGCUUCUGAAACAGCGUGAUGACGAUUUCCGUGUAAUACUGGAACAAAUCUCGAACAGGGACGAGGGUAUACGCGAGUUAAGAGAAGCUGUGAGAAACCGUGACGAACGUUUGAAAGAAAAAGAUGAUAUUUUGUGCAAACUUAAUAGCAGUUUAGAUUGCAAGCAGCGAGAUGUGAAAAUGUUGAGUGAUAAGGUAAAGGACUGUGGCUCUCAGUUAAAUGAAAAAGAGGCUGUAAUAUCAGUCUUGCAACAACAGAUCUCCCACAAUACCAGGAGAGAUAAUGGCAGUGAAACAGACAUAGAAAAAGAAAACUGUAGACUUAAGGAAACUCUGAGGAUGCAGCAAAGUGACUUCAAUGAAAUAAGGCAUGAAAAAAUUAAGUUCGCAAAGGAUUUAGAAACGUCAAGGAAAGCCCUGGACGAGGCUAUGUUAUUAUGGGACAAAGACAAAGCUUAUUUUGAAAGGACAAUAAACGUUGCUGAUGAGAAAGUUAAACUAUACGAAACGCUUCCUUCAAUGAAUAAACUUGAAAUUGAAAAAGCUAUGAAAUCAGAUGCUCAUCAGUAUUUUCAAGAGAAGGAAAUACUUGUAUGUGAUAUUCAUAAUCUCAAAAAGGAACAGGAACUAGCCCUAAAAGCUGUGCAGGAAGAGAAUAGCAUUCUCCAGUCAGAAGUGGUGGAUAAAGGCAGACAGCUGCGUCAAGAAACAGAAAUACAAAGCAAACUUCGGCAAGACAUAGAAAGACUUUCGGCACAGGCUGAUAUGGCCUACAAAAUACAACAAGAUGAAAGAGUGAUUCGGGCAGAAUACUUAGCUAUGAAAGUGCGCUACGAGACCCGUUUUGAGAAGAUGUCAAAGGACUACUCGAAGAUGCUUGUGACAAUUGAGAAACUCCAGAAAGAGCGUGACCUCGAUAAAGCUAUCAUUCAGGGAAUCCAAAAAGGCAUGGCAGGCCUGAAGGAUAAUUACAGUUCGGACCUCAUUAAGUGGGAGGAUGAAAGAGCUAAAUUGCAAAGGCAAAUCAAGGAGAUUGACGAGACGCGGGAACUAACAGAGGACUUGAGGAAGAAGGUGCAGGACCUGAAAGAGGACCUAUCUGCACAGGACAGGACGAGGACAGAAAUAAUCAAUAAAUUCGCAACAGAGAGAUCAAGCUGGGACAUCCAGAGAGCAAACCUUAGGAGCAGGAUUAACCAGAUGGAGGAGAAGCUGUCUUUGACAUCAAGGGCUCAGACAAAAGCCAAGGAUAUUCAUAGUCACAUGGAACUGGCGUGGGAGAAGGAGAGGACGGAACAGAAACGGCUGCUCGAGGAGGCCCAUAACCUUGCCCUUGACCUUCAACAGCAGCUCAAGUCACGUGACGAGGAGUACAGUAAGGAACGUCGUGUCCUACUGCAGCAGUUGGAGGUGGAGAGACAAGCAUACAAUAAAGAGAAGAGAGAGAGAGACAUUGCCAUGGCGGAGUACGAAUCUUGUGGGAAGAGACUGGUGUCGUUACAGAAACGCUGCACGGAGCUUGUACUGACACACGAUGAAGCGCGGGAGGCGGACUUGAGGGAGAGAAACGAUCUAUACAGGCGCCUUUCAGAGAGUAAAGCCGCACAUUCGAGAGAUACGAAGCGCGUAUCCGAUAUACUCAGCAACUUGAUCAGACUGAGAGAAUUGGGACAACUAAUUUCUAAAGAGAAGCAAGAGAUCACUCUCGGAACCCAGGCCCCGUGGGACUAUGAAGCGGUCAGUCUCGAUAAGACUGUUUUAAAGUACAUCAAGAAGGCACUUGCUGACAUCGUGGCCACUGCUGACAUGUUGUCAAAACACGCCAGCACUCUGCAAGAUGACCGGUCACAGAUACGCAGAAGUCUGUCAAGUUCAGAGAUAGAUUUGAUAAAAGAAGAACUUACAGAUAUACAAAGGGAAGGUAGCGGCGUAUUAGUGGCGAAAAGUAGGGACAGUUUAGAUAGACCAAACACAACGUACAGAUUACAAAAGAGCAGUACGUUCGACAAUUCGACGGUGUCUCCUUUGCGAGAUGUUGCGUCACCUACAAGAUACAUGUUCUCCCGGAUGACGCACAGUCCUUUUUAUUCUCCCGGUAGCAAAAGUGCACAGGCAUCCCGAUCAACCUCCCCUAGUUUAUCUUCGUCCCAGCGUGAAUCUCUGUCUCCAACCCCUUCUGUCAUUCCCUCGUCAUCAAGUAGUUGCGCAGCGCGACCUACAACACUCCAGAAAAGUGUAUCCAUGGACUCUGCUCCUGCAAGCCAUCUGCUGACUUCUCGCGAACAUAACACGACCACCCAAUCAGUGUCUGCAGGAACCACACCUACAGAACAGUAUGCUGCAUCACAGUUUUCUGCCAUUGUGCCGCCACCAGAAGACGAUGCCUCGUUUUCACCGCCGAAGGUCGGAAGUCUAGACAGGUUAUCUCCGCGUUCGGCUAGACGCAAGUUUUUCGAGGAGAGACCCGCGUCUGAAAUUGGCUUCCUGUCCUGGACUGAGAGGAAACAGCAUAAUAUAGUUCACCACCAGAAACAGUCGAGUCUUCCCGAUCCUUCCACAGUGAGAAAGGAAGCUGAGGAGGACUACUCGUUGCUGGCCAGGUCUGACAGCCCACGUACAUUUAAUAUGAAAUCGUCUAUGUCUUGGGAUGAGAAGAUGCACCAUCGAGUUGUUCAAACUGAGAACUCAAAGUCUGUAACGUCAAAGAAAUACCCAGAACACAGCACAGACCAGUCGAAUACGCAACCAGCAAAGGAAUUGUCUGCUAAAGAGAAAAGACGCUUCUUUAAGAAGUCAAGCAGCAUGGAGAGCCACAUUGGGAGUUCACUGGCCAAGAUGGGUACCCAGGUUAUGCCUGUUGCUGCACCUACGGGUUUCAUACCCACUGACAUUCUUGCCAGCGUGAGGAGUAAAUUCAAAUUGCCUUUCAAAAAGUCCAGCAAGAUUUCUGAAUCGGUUGCCCCAAGCCCGCCAACACACGACGACUCCCCCGACAUAUCACCGCAACUGUCACAAGCCACCACCCCGUUUCAAGAUGCACAGAGGUCAUCAACAGUUGUCACUGCUGCCACGGCGAUGACCAGUCAGCAACAAGGGGAUAACAGGGGCAGAUCACGUGAUUCCAGUACAUUUGGCCGAGAGCCAAUACGGCGGACCCAAUCAGCAGAGCGCCCCCUUGCCGCCUCCAGGAAGAUAGCACGACUGCAUUCUGAGGUGAUUACACCAAGCCAAGUGUGGCAGUUCAGUGAGACAGCAGUGUAACAGCCACUCUCAGUUGGGACAGGCCUUACAGGCUUUGGGAGGAGAGCAUGUUCAUCCUGGCGCUGUCAGCAGAGAAGCUCCACAAUCGACAGUAACACUCUGCCCAUACUAACCAGAUAGUAAUAAUAGUAGGGCCGAUGUUGAGAAAGUCCAACUGGUAUUCGUACCGUUUAUCAUGUAUAGAGCUAUACAUGUGGACAGAAAAACUGGAAUAUUACAGAGAAGAUUAUCCAUUGAUUGUAUCGUUUCAGUAUGAUUGGGCAAAUUCACGAUCUUCAACGAGUUUUUGUUUGAUGAGUGGUUACAAUGCUAUUGAUAGCAUUACAUGUCGAGCAGUUAAUCUCUCCCCUCUCUCUCUCUCUCUCUCUCUCUCUCUCACUCACUCUCUCUCAAGUGUGAACUUAUCUUGAAUAGGUUUCAGUAACGUGUAAUCAAAUUAGUUUCCUUCCAUUCAGUUGUUAACGAAUUAAAUUUAUCUCCCGUGUUGUUUCUAUCAGCUAUUAUAGUAUGCCGUAAUCUGUUAUACAGACCAGAUGUAGAGUCAAGGCAUGGCGAAAAGAUGCAAUAUAUUGUUCAAAGCAUGCACCCGGGUAAUGUUAUGUUUGCCAUGGCGGGUUGAUUUUUCAAGAAAAAUGUGAGGUGAGGUGAGUUAAAAUGGAGUUUAAUGUCGCGUUCAUGAUUAUUGUAUGUAUAUAGCGACGUGAAUGCACCGGUGUCUGUGUGUGUGUGUAUUUAUAUAUAUAUAUAUAUAUAUAUAUAUAUAUGUGUGUGUGUGUGUGUGUGUGUGUGUGUGUGUGUGGCUGCUUGUAAUAGCGCACAGGCUGGGUUUUAUAGUGCAAUACCACGGUGAUACCACGCUGGAGGUAUAAUAUGGAUACUCCACGCGGAACCAACUAGUCAUUGUUUUAUGCCCUUAAUGGCGAACGCCAGGUAGGGUUACAACAAUUACCACCUGUUAACGUAUUUAGGUAUGACGCGAUCAGGGAUCGAACCACUGACCUUCUGCUCUCCGGGCAGACGCACUGUCCUACUAGGCCACAAAUGCGGUAGUUCAAGAAAAAACUUUUGAUUUCCAUACCGUUCUGAUUUAUCUGACACACGGUGUCAACUCCUCCUACUUUUACCAUGAAUGUAUGCUGCGACGCUAAUUCUCGGAUUGAAUCAGUGAGAGGAAGUGGCUUCACUGCAUCGCUGCCUUAUUUAUAAAGGUGGAGACAUGGUACGGACACCGACUCGUCUCUUAAUAUUUCGACACUAUAUUCAUAGAAUAUGUGCGUCUGAGUGAUUGAGUAUCCACAAUGUUGCACAAGCAACUGCGUGGUCGCUGAGCAUGCAGAUGAGUUUCAUUUGUCUGGUCAGUAGCUUGAAAUCCGGUGGCCUGGCGCAUGUGAACAGCGAUUUGAUUGGCUGUCUGGGAUAUAUUUCUUGAAGGCCUGGUUUCUGAUUAAUCGAUCUUGGAAUUGUGUUGUUGACAUAGGGCGCCCUGUGCAGGGCCGAUCAUUAACAUUUUGUGUCUGCAGAAACCUGUUCUUAAGUUUGCAAAUCACAGACUGAGACACAAUGACCAUAUCGGCUACCUCUCGCUGAUUGUUACCAGUUUGAAGCAUGCCAAUAGCAUAAUGAAAAUAAAAAAUACUAAUGACUCAGACCUUUCAUUGAAUGUCAAAAUGAAGAAUGACAUAUAUAUUUCAUGAUCCCUUAGUAGUAGUAGUAGUAGUAGUAGUAGUAGUAGUAGUAGUAGAAACCAUUCCAUGGAAGACAGCGUAUGACUGUUUUACAGAUGUACACAAUGAUAGUUCACGACAAUUAAAUAUGAUAAUUGGGAACAUUUGACAGUUGUGUAGAACCUUCCGAAAUGGGCGUGAUAAUGUAAAAAUAUAUACCAUAUACACAGCAACCAGAUGUAUGAUCAUAGGAAAUGAUAUGAUAACAGAUAAGUAACAUGCCGAGCCAUCCCAUCUAGCCUGUAACCAUAUAGAAGAACAUCCCAAUUCUACCAUUAUGUCCGUCGGGAUGAGAAUUGUAACACUGGCCACACCACAAUGACACAAACGUACGUUGACUGAAACCAUAACAAGGAUGGGAGUAAGUCGCAUCUACACUGUUUCAGGAAUAUACCGACUGACAAGGAUGUUACGGAUAUUUCCCAAUAUGAUAGCCAGGUGACCCACAUCAAACUUCUUUCCAUGUUGAAUUUUGUUGGAGUAAAUUAUGUAACUGAUGUGUCACUGCAAUGUAACAAAGUGAUUGAUUCACAGACACAAAGUAAUAAAUCUGAGUGUUGAUGACAA